AUGGGCGGGCGCUGGGCGUGCGUGUUUCUCCCCAACGCUCAUUUUUUGGACGACGCCAGGCGCUUCCGGCCGUACGACUCACAGCAGGCAGCAAGCCGCAACUACACAGUGGCGACGACGGAGAUCAGCUUCCCACCAAAGCCACCGGCCCAUGUCAGCCUCGACACGUCGGCCGACUACCUCACACAGCUCGACAAGGUCUGCACCGCGCUCCAGGUCGAGCGCGACGUCGAGUCGAUGGUGCUUGUGGUGGAGAACACCCGCGAGUACAUCACCGACGACCGGUGGAACUCGACGCUUAUCCUGGCAGGCAAGAAGUUCGAGCUCUGCGUCCGCCCGCAGUUUGCGGUGGCCGAAACGCUGUACCAGCUGCAGUCGCCAGAUCCCAAGGACAAGAAGAACGCCAUCUUUAAGCUCAAGAAGCAGCUUGUGGACCAGCCGUUUGCAGUUGUCUUUGUCCAGAAAGGCGGCAUCGACAUCCUCACCAAGAUUGUGCUCUCGGCCAAGGGUAAUCUCCUCUCGUACGCGCUCGCCGACUACCCGCUGGCCAUGGACUCGGCCGACUGGGCGACCAUGGAGGCGCCGGUGCUGGACAAGGUCAUCGAGUCGCUCUCGUCGCCGAACAACAACGUAGUCAAGCACGCCCUGGCUAUCAUCACCGGCCUCUGCCGUGGCGUCGAUGCCAAGGUAGCGCCCGUCGGCGCCAUGAUCAACGAACGCUUCCGGGCAAACCUCGACGCUGGCCCGCCGUUUACCUGCCUUGUCAAGCACAUCAACUCGACAGAUCUCAACGUCCAGGUGGAGGCACUCGAGGCCGUCAACGGCAUCAUCAUGCAGACCACCGACGAGGCCACGCGCGAGCGCUUCUACGAGGCCAUCGACGCCUUUGGCUUCAAUGCUGCCCUCAAGUCACAGGUCAACGUCGUCGACCUCCCGGCGUUCCGUGAGGCCACGGUGGUGUACCAGAACUACCGCCUCGGCGCCUGCCGCAAGCUCCUGCUCUCCAACUUUGAGUCGGACAACGAGGAGCACGACUUUCUGCUCCUCCGCUACUGGGCGCUCGUGUACCCGGAAGAGGCCAUGUCCGAGCUCUCCGACUGGCGCCGGCUCGGCUUCCAGACCACCGAUCCGGCCGCAGAGCUGCGCGCCACAGGAAUGCUCGGCAUCCACGUCGCCAUGCAGCUGUUUGAAAAGGCACCGCAGAUCGGCAACACUAUUGUAGCCGCACAGGCCAAGCGCCCUGAGCGCGACUACCCGUUCUCGGCCGCCUGGAUAUCCAUCGUCUCCACCAUGAUCGAUGUCAUGUCGCUCAACCGCGAGCGCGUGCCCGGCGAGCCGGGCACCGUCUUCCUUUGCCUCCUCGACACCGCAGCCCAGCCACCGCAGCCGGCCUCGUCGAGCGACGACGCCGGCUCGGCCAUCGGCCUCUUUGAGGGCGACGCCUUCCUCGAGGUCUUUGCCAUCUGUGCCCAGGCCUACGACAAGAUGUGGAACGAUCUCAACUGCACAUACGAGGACUUUAGCAAGGGCAACGCCGUCAUUCUUGCCAAGCUUGCCGAGGUCAUCCGUGCAAACCCCGAGUCGCUCUCCUCGCUCCGCCGCGCCGCCUUUCUCAUGGCUACAGGCCUCAAGAAGCGUAUCGGCACCGUUGAGGAAGCCUUUGCCGCCAUGGGGCUUCGCGAGGCCGAGGCGCCCAUCGUCGAGGAGCUCCGCGCCUCGCUCACGGCAGAGAUGCUCGAACUCGUCGCUGCCCAACGCAUUGCUGCCAUGCAGACACCUACCUUGUUUUCGGCCUACACGCAGGACGGCAAGGCUGUCAAGCGGACCGUCGUCAAGAUCAUGGUCGGCGAGUCAGUCCAGGACAUUCGCUUCGGCUCCGCGCCUGACCCGCAGGGCUCGCCUGUCGAGGCCGCCAGCGCCAUCACCGUUCUCGAGCCUAUCCUCGUCUCAGACGUCCACACUGUCGCCAUCGGCGCCUCGUCGCCUAUGGUCAUGGCUCUCAAGAAGCCCGACCCGGCCAUCACCGACCUCGCCUUUUCCAUCGUCCUCAAGAGCCCCACGCCCUCGGGCGAGAUGACCAUCGAUGCUGUCGCCCGCGACCGCAAGGUCUUUGUCAACUGGACCGACGGCCUCCGCGCCCUCACCGGCCAGCCGCUUAUCUCGCCCGAGGCCUCGGCAGAUGCCGCAAAGCUCGCCGAGAUGGAGCUCCGCAUCCGUAUGGUCGAGCUCGACGCCGUCGACGUGCCGUCUGCAGAACCCGAGCGCCCGCCGCCGCCGCCAUUCACAUUUGUCGUCGACGACAAUGCGGCACUGGCCGCCGCAGGCCUCCGCCGCCCGGGUCCGUAA